CCGCUAACCCACAGUCUCUGAUCACUCCAGGAAAAAAAAAAAGAAGCGUAAAAAUCUCACCCAUGUCUUUGACAUUGAAGAGAGAAGAAGAUUGGAGAAACCCAGAACAGGAAAUCCAUUUCAACGGUCUAGAAAUUGCUGAAUUUUGAAAAGGCUCUUACUUAGAGUUUUGGGUUUUUUUUUGUGCAAUGAACUCUCCCUCUUUGUGGUGCUUUGAUUUCCUUUCCCUCUUCUGGGAGGUGCCUUCAUAGCUUGUUUAUUUCUGGGUUUUCCUCUCUCUUUAGAUGGUAUUUGUAAUAUCGGGUAUGGAGUAUCCAGAGAGGGAAAGGUGGGUUUCAGGCCUGAGAGCUCGCUUGAUUCUCGGUUGCCGGCGGGUUGGGUUCUUUUGGGUCGAUAGUUUUCAGGCAAUGGGGUGACUGGAAAGCCUUUUCAGGUAAGUCGUCCGGCCUAAUUCUGUUCAUUGAUGUCAACUUUCCCUCUCUCUAGAUAGUAUAUACUGCUUCUCGAGCGUGCUGGUCGAGUCAUUGCGUUUUCCUUUUCUGGUCAUGGAGAUAAUUUCGAAACAAUGUGUUUUCCUAUUUUACUGUGGUUUUCCUUAUUUAGCCUCUGUGGUUCCAAGAGAGAGAUCCCCACAAAUUAAAAGCCGAAAUUUCGAUCUCCUCUGUGUUUUUCUAUAGAAAAUAGCCAUUUUCUCUUUCUUCUAUGUCUUCCUUUUUCUGCUACCAAGUGUUACCCUCUUUUGCUUUCUGAAUGCUUUGGAAUCCCCUGUUUAGUACACUUCUGGCCGUCUGUUAUUGUUGUUGGGCUUUUUCUCCCUACCAUUUUCCCCAGUUUUCUCUCCUUUUGAUAAUUUCUUUUAUUUUUUGGAUACUUCGAUCUUUGAAAUCUAGUAAAAAUCAGUUAGUACCCAUCAGUUUACUCGGUCCAAAUUUGAACUUUGAAUUCUAGUAAAAUUCAGAUAGUACACAUCAGUCUUUUAAACAGUAAACCUGCAAAUUUCUCCAUAUUCAUACCAUAAGACACAGAUAAACCCAAGAUUCCAGAAAGCACAUUUCAAUCCAUCCUUGAUACAUGGAAAUAGGACUUCCAUAGUCUCAGUUUCAGAGAUAAUAAGGGGAAAGGGAUUGGGUUUUGUCCGAGAAUCGAAGAUCUGGAGAAGAUCAGAGGAUGUUGGCCGGGUGCUCUGCUCUGUUGUCUCCAAGGCAUAGGUUAAGGACAGAUUCAGGAGAGCAAUUCCAUAGCAUCCAAACCCAACAAAAGCAAUCUUGCCACUUUCAAAUACAGGACAAGCUUUAUGUAUCACAGCAUAGCUCCAAUUCAAUGAGUACGCAGAGACUAGACUUACCCUGUAGUUUCUCGAGAAAAGAAGUUCCUAGAUCCCAGCCGUUAAUAGAGAGCUCGACCACCUGUUCUCUAAGAAGAAAUGCUCGGAUUCCAGCUCCUAUCACAUCUGGUUUCAGGCCAAAAGCAGCCGACUAUAACAAGAUUGAAGUUUCAGAGACGUUUUGGGAGAGAGGAAAGAGCUUGAAAAGGUUUUGCGAUCAGAACCCAGCUGAGGAUUUUAGCACAAGUAGAGCCAAGAGGAUUAGAGGAGAGGAGAAACUUUCUUUGAGCCAAUUGGGUCAUGAUGAUUUCUGCUUCUCUGAGAAUGUAAAGCCAGAAUCAAUUGGUUUGAGCCCUGGUUUUGAAUCUUUUGAUCCUCCGGUUUCAUUUUCGCCCCCUUCCAUUGAAGAAGAAGGGGUUUAUAGUUAUACUAAACCUGAGUCGAUUCUCUCUCCUCUUCCAUUAGCAAAGACCAGUGCUUGGGUUGAGUCUAUUGUCACGGAGGUAUUGGAGAAGGGAGAUAAUAAGGAUGGGGAAACCAGUGAAGAACCGAAGAAAUCAAAGACAAGCUCGAGUUCUUCAGAAACAGAGAGCUUGACUCAUAAAGAAGAGAACAAGUCGCCAGAGAAGGACACAGGUGAAGGUACCUCAGUCCCCUACCAACCUGAAGAAGCUCCGGAGAGCAGUGAAAAUUUAGAGAGAGAACAGGGUCUUGAGCUAGUGAGCUUACUGGUUUCAUGCACAGAGGCGAUCACUUCAAAGAAUUUCACUCUCAUUAGUCAGUUUCUCUCUAGAUUGGGGGAGCUUGCUUCACCAGAGGGCACCUCGAUUCAUAGGGUUGUGGCCUAUUUCACAGAGGCUCUCACUCUCAGAGUCUUCAAACUCUGGCCCCAUAUCUUCCAUCUCUUUCCUCUGCAAUCUGAUUUCUCAGAGGAUGAUUCUGCCAUUGGUUUUAGGCUUCUCAACCAGAUGAACCCAAUUCCAAAAUUCAUGCAUUUCACUGCAAAUGAGAUGAUAUUGCGAGCUUUUGAAGGGAAGGACCAAGUACAUAUAAUAGACUUUGACAUAAAGCAAGGUCUUCAAUGGCCUGGAUUGUUUCAGAGCUUGGCUACUAGGCCCAACCCACCGAGCCAUGUUAGGAUCACAGGAAUAGGGGAAUCGAAACAUGAACUUCAAGAAACGGGAGAGAGGCUAGCUGGAUUUGCAGAGGCCAUGAACCUGAAGUUUGAAUUCCAUGCAGUUGUUGAUAAAUUAGAGGAUGUGAGGCUUUGGAUGCUUCAUGUCAAGGAGGGAGAGAGUGUAGUAGUGAACUGUAUUUUGCAGCUGCAUACGGUUCUCUAUGAUGAUAAUGUUGGGGCUUUGAGGGAUUUGCUGGGUUUGAUGCAGAGCACAAGGCCUGUAAUGGUGGUCAUAGCUGAGCAAGAGGCUAGUCAUAAUGAUCCAAAUUGGGAAUUGAGGUUCUUAAGAACUUUGAAGUAUUACUCUGCAAUUUUUGACUCUAUUGAUGCGAGCUUCCCAAGGGAUAGCCCAGCUAGGAUCAAAGUAGAGGAGAUGUUUGCUAGGGAGAUCAGAAAUAUAGUAGCUUGCGAAGGUAGAGAGAGAACUGAGAGACACGAGAGCUUCGAAACAUGGAAGAGAUUGAUGGAGGAAGUUGGGUUUCGAAGCUUGAGAGUCGAGGAGAGAGAGAGACUUCAGAGCCAAAUGAUACUGAAGAUGUAUGAUUGUGAUAGCUACAAUGUGGUGAAACAGGGGGAAGAAGGGCUAACUCUUUGUUGGUUAGAUCAGCCUCUCUUCACAGUUUCUUCAUGGGCUCCCAUUGAUGUUGCAGGCUCCUCCUCUUCCUUUUCCCAGCCAGGUGGAGAGAUAGAAGGAUAGAGUGAGAAGAAAGAUAUACAUACAGAGAGUCAUCUUCUUGAUUCAUUUAUUCUUUUAUACCAGGCUAAGGCCUAUUCUUUGAUUCUUUGGCUGCUGAUUUUUAGGGGGAGAAGAACAGGGUUGUUUCGGCAGCGAGAUGUCACAGACUUGGCAACCAUUCUUUAAUUCUUUGCUUCUUUUCUCAGUUUGUUAUUUACAUAUUUGCUUUGGCUGAUAGUGCAGGUGAUACAUGGAGAAUGAUACACUGGUACUGUUAUUCUUUUAGGAAGGUCAUAUUCUUUUUGUUUGUUGUUGGGGUACUACUCACCUCACCAUAUCAUGUUUCUUUGAACUGAUGAUACUCAUGUAAUAAUCCCAUUGAUUAUGGUUAUUAAUGGAUUUGGUUUCUUGA